CGUUGUCGCACAACGUGCUCAGCUAUCAGUAAAUUAUCGUUAAGAGUAAGUUGCGCGCCAUCUUCAUUGCUGAUCGCCGAAGAUUUUUUUUGAACAUCAAAUUCUUAUAUACCGUGCACUAUUAGAGUAAGCAUCUGUAUGGACACGACACUAGCGAAUAUUUUAAUCGUGCGUUGACGGUACAGAAGUCUGUUCAAUGACGGAACAACAGUGAAUUGAUCAAAUCGUGCAUCUUGAAUGUAGAACAGCAAUAACUGGAUCCGAACAUAUCCGUCUAAGUCGCGAUGCCAGAAAUGCUCCAAGAAGCAUCACUCACUCUUACAUGGUGCCAUUCCCCCCCAUCAGGAGGAAAGCAGCGAAGAUAGUGGGGAAGGGCCGUCGUGCUGCGCCACUGAGUUGGCUCCGCGCCCGAAUGCGAUACCGACGGUGUUGUUAGGCACCGCGUUGGUUCACGUUCGUGACAGAUUCGGUUCGUGGCAAACCGUUCGCACCCUGGUGGACUCCGCGUCCCAGAUUAGUGCCAUAACAGUCGCGUGUUCCGACCGCGUCCGUGGACCAUGCCAGUUAAUGGCAUCUCCAGUACACCUGUCGUCAAUGUGAAAGGAAUCGUCGAAUGCCAUAUCCGGCCGCGUUAGAUUUAACACGCAAAAUUUGCGUCUGAACCCGCGCUGACUAUGCAAGCGUGGGUGUUGCCUUUAAUCACGACUGACAUGCUACGCACUUCUCUCCCCGCAGACAUCAAGGACCGUUUUUCCACCCUCGCACUCGCUGAUCCGCAGUUCAACGUUGCGUCUCCAGUCAACAUGUUACUCGGAGCUGACUUGUUUUCGUCGAUUCUGGAUGGGUGUAAAAUCAAAGUCAACGAGUCAUUACCCACGGCUUUUAGUUCAAUUUUCGGUUGGAUACUUAUUGGGCCAUUCCCAGCGGCUGCCAGUUGUCAUGUUCACACCACACCGGUGUUCUUAGCUACAUCCAUCGAAGCUUUAAUGGAUAAGUUUUGGACAGUUGAAGAACCGGACGCGGCUCCGUCUUCAUUCACCGACGAUGGUUGGUGUGAAAGUCACUUUCGCGCCGAACACAAACGUUUACCGUCCGGUCAAUUUCAGGUGCCGCUGCCGACAUGUAAGCCGGUUUCGGAGAUGUCGGCUAGAUGUUAUUGCAACAAACUUACGUUGACGAUAUUUGUGUAAGCGCUGAUAUGACUAACGAUGUCCUUAAUGGCGUAAUGUGAUCACGGUGCUCAAUAAAUCAGAUUUAAAGCUGAAAAAGUGCCUAGUAACUAUGCCGCGAUCCUCGACAGUGCACCUGCUUUCGACCAUGUGACAGGCCCGUUACUUUUUGAAAGCCAUAGAUGGGAGUGGUGUCAAAGUUCUCGGCCUGCAGUGGUGGCCGACAGAAGAUGUUUUCAGCUGUGCUCUCCGUUGCGAAUCGCCACCGUUUUUGACAAAACGCGACGUCUUAUCGCUAAUAGCGAGUAUCUUCGACCCGUUGGGCAUAUUUUCGCCAGCCAUCUUUUACGCAAACACACAUAAUGCAGCGGACGUGGUCGAGUAACCUUGGUUGGGACGACAAGCUGCCGAGCCAUAUUAUGCAGGAGUGGGCCAUGUUCGUCGAUUCACUGGCUUGCCUUCAUUUUGUUUGUUUACGACAUACGAGAAGGUCCACGAUCAUUGGAGAUAAAUCGCAAGUUAAAAAAAAACAAUGCAUUCAAGUUGCAACAAAGAAACGAUAGAGCUACUGUUGUGCAAGAUCGAGGUUCAGAAUACGGUCAUUGGUGAAUUAUCAUCAAAAAUAGACCAAAUGAAAGUUGAUUUUAAAGUUCAAAACAAAUCGACAGCCCUUGAAUUGGCUUCUUUAAGAGAAAAGUGCGAACAUUUUCAACACAAAGUUGAAGUCGUAGAAGCCAAUCCACCAAUGAAUGUCAAAUUAAAGUUUGAUCAGUUCCAUUGUACACUGAACGCAUUGUGCAAAGAAAAUGAGUUUUUAAAAAGGAAAAUUCAAAACAUUUGCAAUAAAAUGAACUAUAUUGAAUCUCAGUUGGGACAUUGCUCGUUGUUCGGUGACAAAAACGAAAGGUAUCAAAUUAAUAGCGAAAUUUUCGAUUCCGUAGAGGUUGAGAACGAUAACAUAAGUUGUUACGAAGAAUUCGCUGAUUCGUGUAUGUUCACAUCGUCUGUACAAAAUGAGGAACCUGCCAUCACCACAGCCGUCGAUAGUAGUUUUAUUCAUAGAUCCGAUGAAACUAAAGUCCAGCAGGCGUCUACGAAUAAAAAGCCAACGAUACCCAUUAAAGAUAAUACUGAUUACGUAUUGACUACAAGACUUACUCCGAAUGAUCUCAAUUCGGAAUUUCAUAGCCUUAAUAUGUCAAAUGGCGACGUGACUUGCACUUCUGCGGAAGAAAAUCGAAGCCAAGUGAUGACUAAACUCACCGGUCAUAGUGUCCAGGUACAGAAGCAAAUCGACACGACCAAAAGUACUGUAAAUGACAUUAAGUAUGCAAAUAUAUCGAAUCCAAUUUGUGCAUUAAAUGAACUAUGUAUGGCUCGUAAUUGGACCCUGCCAAAGUACGAAUUUUUCAAAGAGGGUGAUAAUAAAUCUAUUACAUAUUCAGUAAAAUGCACUGUUAUGAUGAGUACAGUUAGAGUUGAAGGAUUGAUGAAAAAAGAAGGUAAACGACGUGCUGCUAACAUGAUGUAUAAUAAACUCAAAGACGCUACCAUAAGUAACGUUCCUUUGGAAAAAAAUUACGAAGUGACCUCCGAACUCAUCGGUCACAGUAAGUCAACAAUCUUCCAUGAACAGAAGCAUAACGACAUGAUCAAAAGUACCGCAAACAAUUUAAAAAAUAGUCACUUGGUGAAUGCAAUAAAUAUCGAAAAGUUGGAAUUGAAUUCAAUUUGCACAUUGAAUGAGUUGUGCAUGUCUCGUAAUUGGUCAUUACCAAAAUACGAGUUUUUUAUAGAAAGUGACAAUAAAACGUUACUUUAUUCUGUAAAAUGUACUGUUAUGACGAGUACAGUCAGGGUUAAGGGAUUGAUGAAAAAAGAAGUUAAACGACAUGCUGCUAUCAUAAUGUAUAAUAAACUCAAAGACGAUAUCAUAACAUGUGCCGGACUCGCCGAAGAACAGACAAUCGCCACUGUUGUUGAUCACCCAGCAUCCCUGGCAGAACACUACUCGUAUAAUACCAACAGAUUCCUCAAUCGCAAUAAAAACUGCGUGUCACUAUUAAAUGAGUCGGUCGAUUCUCAUUACCAUGCCGAUCUUGCCAAUCGACUUCGAUUAUCGAAUAAUCCUAGUAUAUGCAAACUGAAGGAAUUGAAUUAUAUAUGCAAGUUUAUGGUUCCUUCUUGUGUCAAGCUUUUAAAUCGAAUUGUAGAAGAAGAAGGACUAACGAUAGAAUAUGAAAUUUGCAUUGACUCUAGACUAGCAAUUGAAAAAAAUUGUAAGGCUAUUGAUCUUGCGAUAAGACCUGGUACAUUGACUGUCAUUGGUUAUGGGGAAACGACCACCGAAUGCCAAGAGGACGCGUCUUAUAAAUGUUUAAUUCGUUUCAAAUCAAUGUUGAGAGAAGGAGUAUCUGAUAUAAGUAGUUUGCAACGCCAAUAGUAAAUAUAUGUAAAAGGUUUACGAGCACUUACCACUGAACUUCUACGGCAUAAAUUCGAAAUGGAAAACAUUUAUUUUUUUAUUUAUAACGAUAUUAUGUUAACAAACAUAAAUCAGUAUAUCCUAAAAUACACAUUUGUAUUAAGUACAAAAUGGUUCUUUUAUAUAAUCUUAUAAAUACGUAUUAUAAAACGUCGUAAUUUCAAUGAAAAUAUAUGAGUAAAUACCUAAAUAGGCAAUAGCUGUAACAAACAUUCAAAUAUACGGACAUACAGUUGAAAUUUUAGAUUUAUAAAUAAGCGUAUAUCCGCAUAUAAUAUUAUCGCAACCUAAACGUAUGACCUGAGAGAGAGGUCCAGACCCCCUGGACCCCUCCCCAUAAAACCACCAUUAUAUAGUAUAGCCCAAAAGAAAAUAAUAAGCUGAGAUAGCAGCUGAUAAGAGGGCAUACGAGUUUUCGAUCGGAACGCGUUUAUGUGUUAACGUAUUGGGGAUACCAGUGAUUUAUGUUUGUUUUUAAUAUAAUAUUAAAAUCAUAACGUAAUUUAUUUAUUUUUUUUAUGUUAAUAUAUUAUAUUAAUUAUUUUAUGUUAGGUAAAUGUCCAACACUAGUACUUAUUGUAUAACCCACAUUGACGGAUUGUACAAUAGCAAAUACAAAUUUAACAUCAAUAACAAAAAUAUAAUACCAGCGUUUUGUGUAAA